AUGUCGAACUUGUACGCAUCACGCUGGGCAGCCACGCCACCGCAAGAUCAUGAUUCGUCACCACAAGCCAACCCUGAUAGCUACGCGUACGCCGAGCAGGGAGCGUCAGACUUGAAAAAAAAGAGUGCUGAAGAUCAUGUGCCAGCACCAUCAGAGGAGGUCACGGGCGGCGGAACGAUUGCCUCUGAGCACAAAUCAUCAUUCGAAACAGCUGAUCCAGAGUCCAAGAUCAAAAAGCGCGUGCACUGCAAUGGCAAGAACGUGAUCAUACACCUUCCAAACACGGGUCUUCCUUCGCUUGGGAUGCCCAUUCCCCUGAGUGCGCAAGACGUAGCGCAACGGCUCAAAGUGUUCGAGGACGCUGGGUAUGACACGAGGGGAUUUGUGCUGUCCCUUGAUGCUGAUUCUGAACAUGCAUCCUACGCAAAGCCAAUCUAUCCGGAUGAGACUGAGCUGCUUUUGCAAGCAAAACAGCAACCGCCAAGAGUUCACCUACCAGAUCUUCACAAGCUCAAGGCAGACGCGGAGAGACUGAUAGAAGAGAGAUUGGCUGCUUUGGGGGUAGGUUGUGUGACAGAAGAAGCACCUCUGCCCCCUGCACCACCUGCUCUCGACAUGUCGCGCCAGUCUUCUGGUCAAUAUCCGCCACUUCCCUUCUCGCCUCCAAUACCUACGAGUUCCGGCAUGGGGCGCCCGCUAAUGGCACGAGGUCACUCUCACACAAUGUCUGUUGCUUCGCCGUUGUCUCCGGCUAAUGGACCGUUCGGCCACAUGCAUCGUCACUCGACCUUCUCUGGCUUGUCUGGUAUGUCCCUACUGCAGACGCAGCAACAAGCACCACCAUUGCAAGCUCUCCAGCCAUUUAUACCAAAUAUGCAAGCCCUCUCUCCUCAGAAGCCGUUCGCUGUGCCCGGCCUUGCUCGCGGAGGUUCUCCAGCACAGAUAGCAGCGUUACGUCAAGGUCCUGAUACCGUACGCGGGCCUGGAUCUCCCCUCAGCCACCAGUUGUUCAUGCCUUCUCCGCAGGACUACAGCAGAAGCUUGAUGGACGAUCAAAGACGCCGACAACACGCAUAUUCUCAGUCCAUGCAGUUUCCACCCGUGCAGCAUAUUUUCCCGCCUCAGGUGCCCACAGUCCAACCAACACCUCUUCUACCAGAGGUGCCGGAAGAAGAUGAUGAAGGAGAGCUCAUGCAACCUGCACCAGAGCCGCCUCUGCAAGGACCGGAUGCUCCUGCCUACGUCCCACCGCACAAGCGGGCACAGUUCAACGCCGACGUUGCCAUCCCAACACCAACGAGAGGUCAUCUGCGUAACAUCAGCGAAGGAUUUGAGCGUGAGAUAAUGGAAGCUGAGCGACGCCGUGAAGAUGAGAGACGAGACUGGAUGGGAGUUACUGGAGAGCCACAGCAGCGCCGACAGAUCCAUAUGCAGGCUGGCCACCUCCAUGAGCCGCGUGAGGAAGGUUCGUCAACGCAACCCUACGCUCAAACCUAUCAAACGAGCAAGGCGCCUCUCAAUGGCACAGCUCCAACCUUCAAUUUCAACGCAGAAGCGUCAUUGCUAGCCGCUAGCGCCCCGUUCACGUUCGGCCUUCCGCCGCCGACCUCUAACGUCUUGGGAGCAAAUGGACACACGCGACAACCAUCGUCCGGCACGUUUAACGCUGCUGCCCCUGCUUUCCAGCCGGCCACCGCACCGUUCGUACCGAAGACGGAGUUCAAUUUCUCUGCUAAAGGGCUGUCAUUCAAGCCGACUGCUGCCUCUUUCGAGCCCCUCAAGCCACGAUCGGACGAGCGUACCAUUGUCGACGACCUGCCAAGCAUCUUCGGCAAGGUAGAGCUUCCGCAGUCCGCAGAAAUAGUCAAGCCCGCUCGGAGAUCCAAGGCUGUUGCAAUAGUCCGUCCGAAUGGUAGUACGCGUACCUCGACCGAGUCUAGCGAGGAGUUGGAGGACGAGGAAGGCCGCAUUGCUCCUAGCGAUGAUCGUCUGAAGCGACAGCGUUACGAUGGUGGUGAUGGUAAUGAAGUACCACGCUUCGCGGAGCCGACACCCAUGCCUGAUGCUGCGGACUUUGCCCUACAGAAGUCGUCCCAGCUUUGCCAUGAUGAUGACCAAGGUCGAGGCACUGCGGACGUCUUACCAAGCAGAGCGCAAGAUCCACUCUUGGACGACAAUAUUGCCGAAGCCGAUGGCAACGAUGUGUCUGAAAAUGCACCACUAGAGAACCAUAGACACGCAGAGGGUGCCAUACCUGCAACAUCAGGCCAUCACCAAAGGCGAUCAAGUUCGCUCUCUGCUCUCGCAAAGCCUUUCGAGCCGCCUGGAACGUUGCAGAUUCUGAAACACGAGCCGAACCACGAUCACGAGCGCUAUCCAUCCGUUAGCGAGCUGGAAGAUGGCGAAAUACGCGAAAGCGAGACGCCCAUCAUCUCUCCCGUUGUUGAUGCAGAGCCCGGAGUGGGCCUGAUUCCUGCGUUACCGGACCCGCAGAUGCCAUGGGGCGUCUCUGCCAGGGAACGAAUCAACGACGUUGCUCACCCCGAGCCAUCCUUUGACGAGAUUGAUGCCGUUAUGCGUCAGCUCAACGAAGCGGAAGACGAGAUGAAACAAGUUACUCAUGGGAGGACCGCGACUUCUCUUCAAACUGAUUCCGACGAGACACCUAUGCCAGGCGUGACCUAUCUGCUUGCAUGGCCACGGAGUGACGCGCCGAGUCCAGGCCCGAGGCGGCAGCAAGCACCGCAACCUUCUCAAGCGGAUUCAUCCUUCACCGUGCAUGACCGGACCGACAGCAGUGAGCAAGCCAUCAACGGCUGGCCGCACAUCAAGCGGUUAAACAAGACCGAGGAAGUCCCGGCUAGUGACUGGUCGGACAUGCUUUCACCGCCUGAGGAAGAGAAGCUGUAUCAACGCAGCUCUUUCUUCGACAGUCACAUAGACAGCGUCAUUGGCAGAGCCAUUGAGCAGAGACUGCAACCGCUCAAGGAGAGCUUGCGCAAUGUUCAAGCAUCCGUAGGCAAGCGCACGCGUUCGGAUGACAGAGUGUCUCUCAAGCACACUUUGUCAAUCGUGGAUAGUGAUGCGGAUGACGAAGACGACGUUCUAGAAGCACUCCGACAGCGUCCAAUCUCCCGUGGCAGGGACAAGCGCAUCGAUCAGAUCAAACUUGCUGUGCUUGAGGCCUUGCGUGAACAGAGUCCACGACGCUCUCAGUCUGGACAUGACAUCGCAGACCUGCACUCUGCACUUGCGGACAUGAAAAUUUCAUUCGCAAGGGCAGCGUCUACCACUCUCGAGCUCGAAGAUGUUCGUGCCGUAGUCGAGGAAGCGCUCCAAAGGCAAAGCCAAGCACUCUUGCCGGCCCGGACCCACGAUGGCGAGCGUGAGCAUAGGCGGGAGAUGUCGGCGCUCGAAGGCCGUUUGAACGAGACACUCGCCGGCGCGCUGGAGGAGGCCAACCACAGGCAUGCUAUAGAGGAGCGAGAGGCGGAAACUCGAAGAUUGCUACGCCUCGCUGAGGAAGAACUGAGCCUUCUCCGUGAUACUUCCCGUGACGAAGACGGCAAGCUCAGUGCCAUGGAGGAGGAGCGUCGCGAGCUAUUUGAUCGCGUAGAGCGAGCUCAGGAGGCUCAGCGAGAAGCUGAGGAGCAUGCAAGAAGUCUGGAGGCCGAGGGAGAAGCUAUGCAAGCCACCCUCGAGGAGUACCGAAUGUCGAGCGCUAAGUGGCGGCAGCAAAUAGACGAAGGCGAGCGCCAGCGCGAAGAGCUCGAGCGCACAAUUACUACCCUCGAGCGACAAGUAGAGGAGAGCGAAGAAGCCGGCAGUAGUAUGAGACGCAGACUAGAAAAGCUUCAUGCAGACAUGGCUACUGCAGCUGGCCAGCUGGCAAGCGAGAAAUCGUUCUGGAAGGCGCGGGAGGAAGACUACCGUGACCGCUGCGAAAACUUUGAAGCACAACAAGCUGCAUCAAGCAGGGAACGGCAGGUGCUCGAAGAAGAGCUCGAGCUGCUGCGGGAGGCUAAAGCAGACGACUUGAACGUUGCUGAAUGGCCAAGGUCUGCUCAAACCUGGUCGGAGGAGCUCGUGCAGAGGUUGCAAGCGGAUUUGGUGGAGCAACGAGCGCUGGCUGUGAAAUAUAAGUGCGAUCUGACUAACGCCGAGGAAGCAGCUAGAGGUGAGUUGCAGCGCACACGGCUGGUCUUGGAGUCCGAGGCGACUCAGCAAGUCACUGCUGUGCGCGAGAGUAUCGAACAGGAGCUGCACGACCUGCGCAAGGCUCUCCACAAUCGUGAGACGGAAUUGGAGACGAUCAGAGCUGAGCAUAACGACAUACUCAAGGAAGAAGAAGCUGCACAGCGCGAAGCUUUGCGUAAGAUCAACCACGCCAACAGCGUUGCCCUGGACGAAGCACGACAAAGGCACGAAGGCUCACUCCACGAGCUCACCGUCAAACAUGAGGUGGUAUUGCGGCAAGCCUUGGAAGACAAGCAACGCUCCGAAUACAUAUUGAACGAACGGUUGGCGCUGUCCGACGCUAAGCUUCUACAUUCACACGACCGCAUCUCUCAUCUUGAAGAGCGUCUCGAAAUUGCCAAAUCCGCAGCGCAGGCAGCCGUGAUGAGCAAACAAGCUCGAGCGAGUCCACUUGCCUCUGCAUCUACGAGUUUGCCGGAGAAAGUCUCACCACAGGCGCUCAGAGAGUCAAUCCUGGUCCUUCAAGAGCAGCUUCAAGAGCGUGAGCGCCGUCUCGAGCUGCUACAGGCUAAGGUCGACACAGAAGGACCGGCCAAGCUCAAGGAGCGUGACACUGAGAUUGCAUGGCUACGUGAACUUCUCAGUUUCCGAAGUGAAGAUCUGGCCGAACUUGUGAAUACUUUAGCGCAGCCUACGUUUGAUCGAGAAGUCGUGCGCGAUACCGCAAUCCGGAUCCGUGCGAACCUGCAGAUGGAACAGCAAGAAAAGGAACGCUUGGGUGUGAUGCCACAGAUCUUAGGUGGACCAGUGCUUGCCAGCUUGUCUACCUUCGCUGCGCCCAAAGCUGCCUCGCUUACAUCUGCUUUCAACAAAUGGCGCAGUACAAUGGAGAGCUCGGCGCUGAAGAGCGGUUCCAGACCUGCUGCUUUCACGAGGGACACGACCCCCUCGCGACCUUCGUCCUCUUCUCGCCAACGCUUCGCCUACACGGCUGGUCUGAUGACGCCACCAGCCAGUAAUUUGCGCAGCACGCCAAGCCCGCAAGAGACUACCUCGCUGCCGCCGCCGCGUCUCCAUGCCGGCAACGUGGAGGUGCCUUUCGGAUCACCCGCGACUAUGAAGCCGCUGGUGACGGACGAAACAGAUGAGCCCACAACGCCGCUCCUUCGCGAACAGAGCUAUGACAGUGAUGCAGUGGACAGCAAGGCACACCUUCGGUGCCUCAAUGAUGAAGAUCUGGACCUCGGCGACCGUUGUGAAGCAUCUAAUGGCGUUUGA